UUUCAGAGGACGGAAGUGGGCAGUGAUUUUGGUGUAAAACAUAAACUUCGACUAUGUUGAAAAGAUUACGUGGCAAAAAAGACUCACCGAGUCCGGAUGUUCCCCAAUCCCCAACAUCCAGCCGCUUUGCUUUACCCAGCUUCCUUUCCAACCGCACUGAUUCUUCCACUGACAAUGAUUUAAACGAGGCACAGGGCUUUCUGUGCCCGACAUGUAUGAAGUCGAUGCCAAAUGCUGAAGCUCUUCAACGACAUUUUGACACCGAGCACCAGGAAAACAAUUCAGAGAAUAAUUCCCAGGAAAAUGAAGGUGAAGGCUUCCUGUGUCCCAUAUGUAAGAAGGCUUUGACAUCACCGGAAGCCCUGACGGAUCACUACCAGAAGGUUCAUGACAGCCCAGCAGAACAACCCACCAGCAGGGAUGGUGAACCAUCGAUACAAAACCUAGAAAACGGCCAGUCACCUGAGCUGGACAUGAUGAAGCUACAGUUACGUGGAUCCGAGGAAAGUCGAACUCUGUUAAGCUCAGAAGUACAUCAUCUGCAGUCCCAGCUUUCCGGUUUGAACUCUGAACUGAAGCAAAUUAAGGAAGAGAAAUCCAGGAUUGAACAGAAAACUGCUAAACUGUCUGGUAAUAUGGUGACACUGAAAGCCAAGGUAGAUGAAAGUGAAGGUCAGAGAGCUGCCUUAGAGGAUCACAUCAAAACACUCAAACAACAGCUCAAUGACAAAGAUCAGUACAUUGGUUCUAUAGAGUUACAGAUGUCUCAGAGGCCGGGAGCGGAGGAUGUGUUGGUUCUGAAGCAGGAGCUGAUCAGUGUCCAGACUCUGAUGGACCAGAUGACGCUGGAGAGAGAGAAGGAGAGAGACGAUCUGCAGAAGGAGUUAGGCACACUCAGGGAGGAACACCAGCUAUCAAAAGACAAAAUAAUGGAAUUACAGAAUGAACUUGAGAGAGCUCCGAAGAUGGAUGAAAUUAAACACCUUCAGUCUGCUUUGAGUGAGAAAGAUUCUGGUUCGGAACAUUUAACGUCAAUUCUUCAACAGAAGGAUACAGAACUUAAAGAACUGACAGAACAAAAACAGCAGUUGGACACACAGCUCCAAGAACUGGAAACUAAGCUGUCAGAAAAGGAAAGUCUUACUGAGAAACUUGGCCAGGAAGGUGUUGUUUUCCAGGAGGACAAGAAGAACCUACGUAACAUGCUCAACAGUGCGGAGGAGAAAAACACAAGACUUGAAUCGGACGUCAAGCAGCUUGAGGAGAAGGUUAAACAAAUUCAGAGUCAGUUACAGGAGAAGACGAGUCGACUGGGAGAGUUGCAGGCCGCACUGGACGAGAAACAAGCGAAGAUCAGCCACACCGAGCAGGAGAGUGAACACCAGAGUAGCAAGUUGUCUGAGACCCAGCAAGAACUGAACAGUGUUCGUGUCACACUACAGGAGAAAAACAGUAGUCUAAAAAAUCUCCAGAAAGAGAUGUCGGAACUGAAAACAGAAUCACAGAAUUUACUGCACCAAAAAGAACAGCAGCUAAAUGAUACGAAACUGGAACUGGGAAAAUUUCAGGAGAAGGUUGAACAGAUUCAGAGUCAGUUACAGGAGAAGACGAGUCGACUGGGAGAGUUGCAGGCCACACUGGACGAGAAACAGGCGAAGAUCAGCCACACCAAGCAGGAGAGUGAACACCAGAGUAGCAAGUUGUCUGAGACCCAGCAAGAACUGAACACUGUUCGUGCCACACUUGAGGAGAGAGACAGUAGUCUCGAAAAUCUGCAGAAAGAGAUAUCGGAACUGAAAGCAGAAUCGCAGAAUUUACUGCACCAGAAAGAGCAGCAGUUAAAUGAUACAAAACUGGAACUGGAAAAAGCUCAAGCUGGACUUGAGACGAAGGACUCACAGCUGGAGGAUCUCACCACACAGUUACAAUCUGUGAGCAGACAGUAUCAAGAUGAGGUCAGUAUGUUGAGUGCAUCAAGUGAUGAGAUGCGACUUCAGUUGAGAGAUAAAGAAUCACAGCUGGAAGAAGAAAUCAGAAAGUCUCAGUCACGGGAACAGAAGAUUGGUGAACUAGAAUCAUUGAUUGAAACCAACAAAAGUGAAUUACAGAGACUGGAAAAUGAAAGAGGAGAUUUGUUCGCAAAGAUAGAAGCUGGUGAAGGGAUUGAUGCUGCUUUGAAUCAACUCAAACAAGAAAAUUCGAGUUUGCAAGAGAAGAUCGCCAGUCUCCAGGACACUUUACAAACUCAGACGUCUGACAGCAGUGAGAAGCAGGAGGCUCUGCACAGACAGCUGCAGGACGUUCGCAGUCAGCUGCAGACGGCGCAGGACAAGGAACAGAAGCUACAGGCGCUGGUGGAUGAGAAGUCGGAGAAACUUAACACGCUGAUGCAGAAAAACCAACAGCUGGAAGGAGAUCUCACAACCAAGAAUGAAUUGCUCCUGGCAGCUGAGGCAGCUAAAUCAAGUCAGAGAGUUGAUCUUGAAAACCACAUCAAGACACAUGAGAACUUCGCUUCGGAGAAAAAUGCCGAACUUGCCAAAGUCAGGCAGCAGUUAGAACAGACCCAAGCUGAAGUUUCUGCAAGAAAAGAUAAAAUAGUUGAGUUGGAAACUCGCGUGUUUGAGCAAGGUGAAAAGUUCACCCAGUUACAGCUUCAGUGCAGCACCUUAGAACGAGAACUCAAUGAAAAGAAAGAAGCGUUCAGUCAGCUGGAUGCUGAGAAAACAGAGACUGAGAAAAAUCUGUCAUCCGUCCAGAAAUCCUGGAAUGAAACAAAAACUGAAUUGUCUAAAGUGGAACAAAAUCUUGAAAAUGCCAUUAAAUCACAUUCCAGUGAAGUUGCAUCUCUUAAGGAAACUAUAGGACAAUUAAAUUCCGAAAAACAGACCAUGCAGGAGAAAAUAGAACAGCAGCAAGCACUGCUAGGAGAAAAGGAUGGUUUACUGAAAAGCACGAGUUCCCAACUGGACGAGAUGAAGAACGAGCUGGAGUCGACGAGACACAAACUGGGAGAGGUGGAAAAAGAGUUUGAAAAAGCAAAAGAAAGUAAUUCCAAUGAAGUAUCUUCUCUGAAAAGUAUGUUGGAAAACGAGAAAGUAGAAAACAGUAAAAACAUUGAAAAUUUAAAACAACAGAUCGUGUCACUGACGGAAGAAAAAAAAAAACUGCUUGAAAGUAAGAUUGGUAUAGAGACUGAGCUCGCUGAGUACAUUGGCCGACUUCAAACUAGGGAGGUGGAGGUGACUGCCAUGAAGAAGAGCUUGGAGGAAGAGAAGUUAAAACAUCAAUCUGAAGUGAAUCAGCUGCAGUCGGAGUCAAAACAGAGAGAAGAUGAACUGAAGCAGAAGCUAGCAGUGAAAGAAGAGGAAUUCAGGAAAAGUCAGGAGGGCGAGAAGUCUAAAGAUAGCGUUAUUUCUGAAUUAUCAGAACAGAAAUCUGUCCUGGAGAGCAAAUGUCAGGAACUUGAAAGGAGAAAGGAAGAACUCGAGAAAUUGACAACCGAUUUACAAGAACAAAUUGUUCUUACGACCAAUGAAAAAAGCAAUUUAGAGGAGGAUUUAGGUCGGUCUAUUGAAGAAAAGAAGCAAGAGAACUCUAAUCUUCAAACUGAGGUUCAGAAUCUCAACAGCAAGGUGGGUACACUCGAAGAGGAGUUGAAGAACACACAGUCUUCAAUGGAGCAACUGAAGGAAACACUCGCCCAGAAAUCCGAGGAAAUUAGCAAGUCACAGGAGAGAGAAACAGAGCUGAAUAAUUCAUUUGAGGAGCUGUCUGAGGUGAGGAAUGCAAUGAAUACUCAGAUGUUGAAGCUGGACACAGAACUGAAGGAAGCCACGUCAACCAGGGAUGAAUUAAUCAAACAAAAGGAGGCUUUUGAACAAGAACUAAUGGAACUGAAAAAACUGUACAGUGAAGCAAAAGAAGCAAAUGAAUCAUUUGAAAGAGACAGAGAAAGCUACAAGAAUGCACUCGAAUCUGAAAAAGAAAAACGACAACAGGAAGUCUCAGGUUUGGAAGAAGUGAAGCAGAUUUUAAUCACUCAGAAGCUAGAAGUGCAGAAUAAAGUGGAUGGAUUUGAUUCACAACUGAAGCAGGAAAAAGAAGAGAAGGAGAAAAUAAAAGAAGAUUCUGCCAAUGUUCAGCAGCUUCUGAGAGAAGAAAAUUCCAACUUGCAGAACAAACUGGCAUUGGUGGAGAAGUCGAAGGAGGAACUUCAGAAGGAGAAGGAGGAGAAUGAAGCUCGCUAUGAGAUGCAGCAGUCGAUACUGAACGAGAACCUGACUGCAGUUCGAGGAGAUCUCACAGUGACCAGUCAGAAAGUGGAAGAUCUCAGCAGAAUCAAUGAUGAACUGCGAGGAGAAAAACUUGAACUGGAAGCAAAGUUGCAAAAUAACAAUGAAGAAAGAAGAAUGCUUGUUGAAAGGUGUCUUACAAGUGAAACUGAAUGUGAGAAACUUCGGGAGAAGGUGAACGAACAUCGACGUAAACUGGACGACUCACAAGCUGCAUUACAGGAGCUGGGCAGAGAGAACCAGUCCCUACAAAUUGUUACAACAAAGGUUUCCAGCAGGAAAUGGACAGAUGACAGUGAGGUACUGGAGUGCAUGAGCUGUUCUAAACUCUUCAGUAUUACAGUAAGAAGGCACCACUGCCGAAACUGUGGAAACAUAUUUUGCAACGAGUGUUCAAUGAAACAAGCCACCGUGGCUGCAUCGAAAAAGCCACAGCGAGUUUGUGAUGCGUGUUACACGGAGAUCAUCAAGAAGAGGUGACGAGAUGUCUUGCCAUGUUGACUCCCAUCAUCAGCACGCCAUGAAACCACAUGCCUUUCAAGUGUGUUAUACACACAUGUAUAUUGUUCAAGAGACUGUCUAGGGCUUACUGCUAUUGUCACAUGUUUCUGACUAGUAGAUCUUUUUAAACGAUUAAAAUUACACAUUAGAUACAUUUUUUGUUUUGUUGAGAAUAUCAGACUUUGUAAAUACAAUGUGUUUCUCGUAGUUCGAAUGUUUGUAAGCGGAACAAAGUGGAUUUUACAUCCAAAUAAUUUUGUAUGUAUGAAGAAACAUAAUAGGAAGUAAAAUAAAGUUUGAACAACUACAAACAUUAGAAUGAUCAGAAAAACAAUGUUUAUAUAUAGACACUGAUAUUCUAAAGAAGAAAGUGCAUUUUAAUAUUCAGUUUUAGUUGUUAAAAAGGCUUUAUUAGUUGGAAACAUGUUAAAAUGGCAGCAAACUCAGGACCGUCCCUACAAUGCUAUAAGUUAUGAAGAACCUUGAGAAAACAGUGUACAUUAUCAUAGUUGCCGACUAUGGAGUUUAUGUAUGACAGAGCACAUUAUUUCACACACACCUUCAUUCUGUUUGCAUGACGGUUACUCAAUUUUAAAUUCAUGUGAGCCACCAAUAGGUUAUGUGUUGAACUCACUUUAUCAAGAUUACAAGAAACAUUUCAUUUGCAAUCAGAUAUUUAAAUUUUAUAUUUUAUUUUGCUUAAAUGUAUAGUAUCAGCAGGAAGUAUUUUAAAUUCAAUGCAAGUUUUAGGUAAUCGAUAAAGUUAUAUAGAGUAUAAUAAACGAGUUACAAUUAUUAUCAAAUUUAUGUCCCGAGUGAAAUAAUUUUCACUUGUCACGAGCUUUAGCGAGGGACAUAAAUUUGAUAAUAACUGGUACUAAGUUUGUUAUUCUAUUU